CAAUCCAGCCAUGAGGUCCCUCUUCUCCUCGAAGUUCUCCCGCGCGCCGGCCUCCCCUCCGCCGCACGCCGCCGCGGGCGGAGAGGCCCCCGCCCCGACGCCCUCGUCGCACGGCCGCCACCGCCGCUUCCCCAAGGAGAACGUGGACCCGUCCUCCUCCCCCUCCCCCUCCCCCGCCCCGGCGCCGUACGACCACUCCCCGUACCGCUCCCCCUCGGGCAAGCCCCUCGCCGCCAAGAACCGCAGCCUCCCGCCGCGGCCCCCACUCAAGCGCAAGCUCCUCGACGUCUCCGCCGUCCCCGCGCCCGACAGCGCGCCCGCCGCCUGCGAUUCCGGCGUCCAGGUUGUGGUGAGGGUGCGUCCGCCGAGUCGGGCGGAGGAGGAGGAUGAGGGCGCCGCGAAGGAGGUGUGCGUGCGGAAGACCGGUCCCGGGUCCGUCGAGAUACAGGGGCAAGGGUUCACCUUCGAUUCGGUCGCUGACGAGGCCUCCACGCAGGAGGAUAUCUUCCAGCUUGUUGGUCAACCGCUAGUCGAAAAUUGUUUAGCUGGCUUCAACAGCUCAAUUUUUGCAUAUGGACAGACUGGCAGUGGGAAAACUUACACGAUGUGGGGGCCAUUGUCAGCCUUGUCCGAUGAUACAGCCAGCAGAGAGAGGGGGCUAACUCCUCGUGUUUUUGAACUAUUGUUUUCACGCAUUAAAGAAGAGCAGGCUAAACACUCAAAUAAGCAACUUGCGUACCAUUGCUGCUGCUCUUUCCUUGAGAUCUACAAUGAACAAAUUACUGAUUUGUUGGACCCCAUGCAAAGAAAUCUACAGAUCAGAGAAGAUGUUGGUACUUCUUCUGUUUAUGUUGAGUCAUUGACAAAGGAAUUCGUGUUCACGAUAAAGGAUGUUACUCAAUUGCUAGAAAAGGGUUUGGCAAACCGAAGAACCGAGGCUACUACUGCAAAUGCAGAAAGCUCGCGCUCACACUGUGUUUUUACUUGUUUUAUUAAGUCAGAAUCCAAGAACAUAGAGGACGGAUCAAACUUUACAAGAACAAGUAGGAUCAACUUGGUUGAUCUUGCUGGAUCAGAACGGCAAAAACUCACAAACGCGGCUGGCGACCGCUUAAAAGAAGCCGGGAACAUAAACCGUUCACUCUCACAAUUGGGAAACCUGAUUAAUAUACUAGCGGGGGUAUCUCAGUCUGGAAAACAAAGACAUCAUAUUCCUUAUCGAGAUUCCAAGUUGACCUUUCUUUUGCAAGAAUCGCUUGGUGGUAAUGCUAAGCUUGCAAUGAUUUGUGCGAUUUCACCAUCACAAAACUGUAAGAGUGAAACACUAAGCACCCUAAGAUUUGCUCACCGUGCAAAAGAUAUAAAAAACAAUGCUGUUGUCAAUGAACAAAGAGAAGAUGACGUGAAUGUUCUUCGUGAGCAAAUCAGGCAGCUGAAGGAGGAGCUUCACCGUGCGAGAUCAAAUGGGAGCGUGCCAGGAAGCAAUGGCAGCCCUUCCACUGGUUGGAAUGCUCAAAAUAGCUUGCUUUUGAAAAUGAGCUUGAGUCGUCCUACAACAUUCCCCACCAUCAAAGAUGAUAGUGAUGAGGAGAUGGAGAUUGAUGACAACGAUAUUGAGAAGCCUUCUAAUCUAGAGAACAAGUCAUUAUCUUCUCAUGGGGAUGUCGAAGAAAACAGAUGCAAGUCAGACUUGGCAGCAAGCAUUCAGAAGGGCCUUCAAGUCAUUGAAAGCCAUCGAAAUAGUGUUGCUUGGAGGAGAUCAUCAUUAGGUUUUAACACUAGACUUAUGGAUGCUCAUCUUUCAGUUCCAAUUUGCAAAGUUGAUGUGGCUAUUCAAACCGACCCUGAAGAAUCUGAACCAAGACAAAACACUAUGGCUCUAAUUCCUAGCAGUCAGGCUGAAGCAACUAUGGAUGAAAACAGAGGAAUCUCUGGUUGCCUAGAUCUACAAUUAAUAGCAGUUGAUGGAGCAAUACCCUCUAAUGAUCUAAAGCAACAGGAGCAAGUAUUUAAAGCCGUGGAGAAGGUCCUCGCUGGAGCCAUCAGGCGAGAGAUGUUACGUGAUGAACAGUGUGCAAAGCAAGCCUCUGAAAUUCAACAGCUAAAACGUUUGGUGCAACAAUAUAAACAUGAACGAGAAUGCAAUGCUGUAAUUGCACAGAUACGAGAUGAAAAAAUUGCAAGACUUGAAACACUUGUGGAUGGAAUUUUGCCAACUGAAGAACUUAUGCAUGCAGAGUAUCUCUCUCUUCAAGAUGAACACAAGAUUCUCAAUCAGAAAUAUGAGAACCAUCCUGAAGUUUUGAGUGCUAAAAUCGAGCUUGAAAGAAUCCAAGAAGAAUUGGAGAGGUACAGAAACUUCAAGGAUGAGAAGAAAAUUUUACAGGAGGAGAUCCAACACUUAAAAAAUUAGUUGCAUUACAUGCUGUCAUCAUCAAUGGCAUUGGGUAGGCCUCCGGUUAAACUGUUGCAGGCAACUAAUACUGUCUCAGAUCGUCCAACCAUUUCAGCUUUGGAAGAAGCUGGCGAGGAUAGCCACAGCAUUGUUGAGGAUGCUGAGAGUAGAUGGCUUACUCUUACAGAAGAGCUUAGAGUUGAGCUUGAGAAAAGUAGAUCUCUCACUGACCGUCUGCAGCUUGAAGUGGAAUCAGAAAAGAGAUGCUCAGAGGAAUUAAAGGGAGCAUUGGAAAUGGCAAUGCAGGGGCAUGCUAGAAUCUUAGAACAGUACUGUGAAUUACAGGAAAAACAUGCAUCCUUGCUCUCAAUGUGUCGCACAAUCAAUGAUGGUAUCGAAGAUGUGAAAAAGCAAGCAGCAAAAGCUGGUGUGCGAGGGGCUGAAUCUAGGUUCAUCAAUUCCCUUGCCAGAGAAGUAUCAAUCCUAAGAGCUGAGCGAGAGAAGGAGCGUCGGUUUUGGAUGGAUGAAAAUAAAGGCCUUCAGCAACAACUAAGUGAUACUGCUGAAGCUGUGCAGGCUGCUGGUGAGCUUCUUGUACGAUUAAAUGAUGCUGAGGAAGCUGCAUCACUUGCGCAGAAGCGGGCCGAGUUGGCAGAGCAGGAGAUGAAUAAGGCCUUUGAAGAAAUCAACAACUUGAAAAGGAAUCAUGACCAAGAAGUUCUUGUGCUAAACCAGCAGCUCGUUGAAUCAAAACUGCCCACCAACGUUGUACAGUCACCUGAGCCUAGUGAAAGCGGCCCUGCUAGAUACGACACCGGUGGGAGCUUCGGCGAUGAGCAAUGGCGAGAGGAGUUCAAACCCUUCCAGUCGGUUGAGGUCUCCAAAAGCAGUGAUCCCAGCUCAUGGUUCUAUGGGUACGAUAAAUGCAACAUUUGACAAGGCAUUCUGGAACCAUUUGUAUUUAUUUGUUUUAGAUUCUUUCACCUUGAAAGGUAAUAUGUUGUACACCGUGCCAUUAUUAGAGGAAAAGAAUUUUCCCAACAUUGGCUUACCAUAUACCAAAACGCAGCUCCCCUCGCUGCCUAAUGCUGUCAUUCAGCAGCACUCUCAUAAGUUGUAUGUUGUGUCGAAAACUCAAACUCAAGGUGUAUGUGUUUAGAUGGACUGACGGAGCAUGUAAAAAGGGCAUCCUUAUUUUUGGC